AAUAAAUUUUUUGUUUCCUUCAUCCAAAUUCCAGUUGUUAUUGUAGACCCAUUAGUCGUCGUCCACGUGUCAAAAGCAGGACAAGUAUCUAUGAACCUGUCACUAAUCUAACCUUUUAAACCCUAUACUACCCUCACCAACACACCACAAAAAUAUUAGAUGAAGGGGGUAAAAUUGUCAUUUCGUUUAAUACGAGUACGGCUUCUCCCUCCAAGUUAUAAAAAACGUUUUCUCUAGUCUCUGGUUUUCCUGGUAGUUAGUAACUGUUCUAAGAAGCCAUAGAUAGCUAAGCUAAGCUCACCUUCUCUGUAAACUUAGCAAACUAAAAGCUUCUCUGUAGCUAGGAAAAUCUUGAUCAUGGCCUCCGUCUCUCAAUUAAACCAGUUCCCAUGCAAGACCUGCUCUGUGGUUCCACCGCGACAACAAUCCAAACUCUCGGUUCCUCCGAAUUCGAUUGGAGUACCUUCCAGAUUUUCAGAGGGACCCAAACUUUCCACCCGACAAUUCGGUAAGGCAAGACCUGUGUUUCGAGUCAGGGUAGCUGACGAUGACGAAUGGGGCCCCGAACCGGUCGGUGAAAGAUCAGCGGUGGCGGUGGCCGAGGAGGAGGCGCCGGUUGAGCCGUCCGAAACUGCGAAUCUUAAGAAAGCUUUGGUGGAUUCAUUUUACGGUACUAAUCGGGGGCUUAAGGCCUCGAGUGAAACUAGGGCCGAGAUUGUUGAACUUAUUACCCAGUUGGAGGCCCAGAAUCCGACCCCGGCUCCGACCGAAGCCUUGCCUCUCCUUAACGGGAAAUGGAUUCUUGCUUAUACAUCUUUCCCAGGUGUAUUAACAUUGUUGUCAAGGGGUACACUGCCAUUAGUAAAGAUAGAGGAGAUAUCACAAACAAUUGAUUCAGAGAAUUUAACAGUUCAGAACUCUGUCCAGUUUGCUGGUCCAUUAACUACAACCUCCAUUACUACCAAUGCCAAAUUUGAAGUCCGAAGUCCCAAGCGCGUACAGAUUAAGUUUGAGGAAGGCAUCAUUGGAACUCCCCAACUAACAGACUCAAUAGUUGUACCUGAGAAUGUGGAAUUUCUGGGACAAAAAAUUGAUCUGACACCUUUCAAGGGCUUGAUCACCUCUGUUCAAGAUACAGCUUCUUCUGUUGUGAAGACCUUCUCCAACCAACCACCACUGAAGAUUCCAAUCUCAAACAACAAUGCUCAAUCGUGGCUGUUAACCACAUAUCUUGAUGGCGAACUUCGAAUUUCAAGGGGAGAUGCCGGCAGUGUAUUUGUGCUGAUAAAGGAAGGAAGCUCCCUGUUGACACCCUGAGUCAUCUCACACACCGUUUUCUUCUCAUGUAAUCUAUACAUAUACAUACAUAAAAGAGCCAGUUUGGUUUUCGGUUUUUCGAUGUAAUAAUAUAUAUAGAAAAGUAGUAAUAAAUCCAAGAACUUGGUUGUAACUCUGGCCUUGUCAAUUAAAUUAUAAAGAAGUAUAGUUGUACUCCAAAACAAA